AUGUCAUCUCUCGAAGAGCUUGCGAAGCUGCCCGGCUACAACGACGACGGCUCCAUUGUCGUAGCGAUCCGCGCGGUCAUCAAUAUUUACUUCGAGCCGACUGCCACCUGGCAGCGCCGGCUCUACGCUGCUACGCGAAGGCGCAGACACUGGUUAAUUUGCACGCAGGUGCCGACGGAGGAGCAGAAGGCUGAUGCCCUGAAGUAUGCGACGGAGGUGGGAGGCAUGCCUCCGCUCGCCCUCUGGUCCAUGCCGCAAUUCACGCCGGCGAUGGUCAAGCUCUUCACGGACAAGGAGAAGCUCCUUGACUCGUACCCGAUGACUUACAUUACCGAUCCCGAGAAGCAGAUCAUCUACACCGUGGUCAGCGCCGCGAACAACUGCGAGAUGUGUCUCUCGUUCCACGCCAUGGGCAGUGGCCCUGCCAUGGGCGGUCCUUUAUCUCAGGAGGAUGUCAAGCUGAUCGUGGACGGCGGCCUUCCGACCCAGAAUGAGCGAGCGCGCACGAUCGCGAUCGCCACGAAGUACGCGAUCUGCCACAAGGGUCUGCUGCUGGAACGCGAGGCAGCGCACCUGGAGAGCAUGGGCGUCACCAAGGAGAUGUACGGAGAGAUCCUCUUCUUCGCCGGGCAAAUCCACGCCAAUAACAUGCUCAUGGUCUACCUGAUCCAGCAGGGCGUCGCGGUCGAGGACAUGCUCCAGGCCGUCGGACCCUUCGCGUCGACGGUCUACGCGAAGAAGGAGUAGAGCGCUCGCGGAGCGCAGCCGCGGGACUCCCACCGGAGUUUAACCCCAGCGGCUCGUCGGAAAACUUGUCGGAAACGGCC